AUGGCUUGGUUAUGGAGUCUAUUCAUUUGGGCCCAUAAAAAAAAUCUCGAGUUCAGUGACCUUUACCGGUGCCCCAAAUCAGAUGAGACACAUCGGGUCCGACAUAAGCUGGAAAUCAAUUGGGAUAAACAAUUGAAAAGAAAACCAUCGCUAUAUUGGGCACUAUUUGCAUCGUUCGCACCCGAACUCAUAGUUCUUAGUAUACCCGAUGCAAUUAGGGAAGUGGGAAUAAAUUUGUUUCAGCCGUAUUGUAUUGUGUAUUUGGUGAGAUAUUUCAACAAUGACCCCAACACUAGCCAGUGGUGGGCGCAAUGGGCAGUCGUGGGUAUUGUACUGGCGUCCAUUAUCAGCCUGUUAAUCGUACAUGUGAAUUUGGCCACGUGCAGCAAAGUUGGACUCCGAAUCCGUGCCGCCUGUUGUGCCCUAAUCUACCGCAAGUCAAUGCGUUUAAGUCACUCAUCACUCGGACAGACAACUGUUGGCCAGAUAUUGAACAUUAUGUCCAAUGAUGUCCACAGAUUUGAUGAGUUUGCAUUUAAUUCGCGAUCAUUGUUUGUGGCGCCACUGCAGGCAACGGUUGUGACAUACCUAUUGUGGUCACAUUUGCGGUGGGCGAGUUUAGCGGGAAUAGGAGUACUCGCGCUGUUUAUACCAUUUCAAGUACUAAUGAGUCGUAUGUUUCAAAAAGUACGUCAAAAGACGGCCGAAUUAACCGACAGUCGAAUCCGUUUAAUGCAAGAGAUUAUCGCCGGAAUGCGUGUCAUAAAGAUGUACGCCUGGGAACAGCCCUUCGCACUAUUGGUCGCAACCGCUCGCAAGUCCGAAGUAAAACAAAUACGCGUUAAUCUUUCGAUAUAUUCUGUUAUAUUACGGGUUAUAAUAUACGCCUGUUUUCUAACAUAUGUACUGACGGGUGGGAUGUUGUCGGGAGAGAUAGCCUUUGCCACUAUUGCUUAUAAUAAUGCCAUGCGUUGGUCAGUAGGAAUGAAUGCACCGCUAGCUAUAGCCGCUUCUAGUGAGCUAAUUAUAGUCAUCAAACGUAUCCAGAUGAGUGGUUUGGAUGAGAGGGAAGGGAAAGAUAACGAGGCGUUCAUUUCGGGGGAAAAUGAGAUAAUUCUUGGAGUAAUAGAAAACACUUUAAGUAAUGAAGAAAAAGGCGUUUUUAUGGACAAAAUGAUCGUUCGUUGGAAUAAU